AAGAUCUGUAGAUGUGUUCGUUGCAAUUGUCACUGCUGUGUGCGAAAUAGCAUUCCCUUACAUAUAUUCUUCGUGGCAGAUUUUCUUAUAUUAUUUAUUUAUCUAGUUCAAUUAGAUUUUAGCAAUAUAAAUUAAAAUAUAUUGUUGUUUAUUUUGGCGUUAUAUCACUAUUGAAUAUACAAUCCGGUAUUCAACGUGAGGUUAGAACUGGUAGAUGAGUAAGAGUUCUUACGAUGUCCAAAAGACUACAGCCUAGUUGGUCACCGCCACUUAAAUUUGAAAACCGGCCUAUUUUAAAGCUAUACAAUAGCUUAACACGUCAAAAAGAAGAAUUUGUGUGCAAUAAUGGAAAUCAUGUUAACUGGUAUAGUUGUGGUCCAACAGUGUACGAUGCUUCUCACAUGGGCCAUGCCAGAUCUUAUAUAUCUUUUGAUAUCUUGAGGCGGGUAAUGUCAAAUUAUUUUGGCUAUGAUAUACUUUAUGUUAUGAAUAUCACUGAUAUUGAUGACAAAAUUAUAAAAAGGGCAAGACAAAAUUAUCUAUAUGAGAAAUAUGUGAAGGAACCACAAGAUUUAAACAACACAAUAGAUGAUGCAACAGCAGUUGUGAAUUACUAUGAAGGUGUGGUCCAGCAAACUACUGACCCAGAUAAAAAGAAUACAAUGCAAAAAAUGUUAAACAAUGUUGCAUCUGCUGUCAAAGAGUUAAAAUCAGCAGUAGAAACAAAUAAUGUAGAAAAAAUUAAGAUAGCAAAAUGUGAAUUACUUAAGUCUGCAAAGGAUCCUAUAUCAGAUUGGCUAGAUAGUAAGUAUGGAUCAACAGUGACAGAUAAUGCAAUAUUUGAAGCACUGCCUCGAUAUUGGGAAAAUGAAUUUCACAAAGAUAUGAAAGCUCUCAAUGUAUUACCUCCAGAUGUAUUAACAAGAGUAAGUGAAUAUGUACCUCAAAUAAUACAAUUCAUUCAAAAAAUAAUAGACAACAACUUGGCCUAUGAAUCAAAUGGAUCAGUUUACUUCAAUGUAAGUGAAUUUGACAGCAGAGAUAAACACCAUUAUGCUAGAUUGGUUCCAGAAGCCUAUGGUGAUACAAAGUCAUUACAAGAAGGAGAAGGUGAUCUAACUGACGACACUGCAGAAAAGCGAUCGCCAAAUGAUUUUGCCCUGUGGAAACGCAGCAAGGCUGGUGAGCCUUCGUGGCCGUCACCGUGGGGCGCUGGUCGGCCCGGUUGGCACAUCGAAUGCUCGGCCAUGGCGUCGGAUGUGUGCGGCUCCCAGCUGGACAUACAUACGGGAGGCGUAGACCUCAAGUUUCCACAUCAUGAUAACGAGCUGGCGCAGAGUGAGGCUCAUUUCGAUCAGCCCGGAUGGGUGAAAUAUUUCCUACAUACGGGACAUCUGACAAUUUCCGGCUGCAAAAUGUCUAAAUCAUUAAAAAACUUCGUCACUAUCAACGAAGCGUUGCAAAAACACACGGCUCGACAAUUGCGCUUCGCAUUCUUAUUACAUGGUUGGAAAGAGACUCUUGAUUAUUCGGAUAAUACUAUGGAAAUGGCGAUACAGACUGAAAAACAAUUUAAUGAAUUCUUUCUGACGGUGAAAGAUGCAUUGCGUAGUGGAUAUGCUGAAGGUAAUGGCGGUUCCUGGGGACCAGAGGAGCAACAACUUUCUAGUAAACUCACACAAGUGAAAGAACAAGUUCACGCCGCACUCUGUGAUAAUAUCGACACGCGCGGCGCUUUGGAGGCACUGCGCGAGUUGGCAGGCGCGGCGCACGUGUACUUGGCGGCGCGUGCGCGGCCGACGCCUGCGCCGCUGCUGGCGGCCGCCGCGCGCUACGUCACUGACGUGCUGCAUGUGUUCGGCGCUAUCGCCGGCCCGCGCGGCGGCAUCGGCUUCCCUGUCUCCGGCGAAGAUAACCUUUGCGUGGAGGAGAAGGUGAUGCCGUACCUGGAGGCGCUAAGCGUGUUCAGGUCGCGGGUGCGUGAGGAGGCGCGCGCGGCGGGCGCCAGCGGCGUGCUGCAGCUGUGCGACCGCCUGCGGGACUGCGACCUGCCCGAGCUCGGUGUCCGGCUCGAGGACAAGCCCGAUCGUACCGUCGUGAAACUAGUCAGUAAAGAAGAAUUAAUGAAAGAGAGGGAAGAAAAGAGAAGAAUCGAAGCUGAAAAACAAAAAAGAAAACAGGAAAUGCUGGAGGCUCAGCGUGCCAAGGAGGAGCAAAAGAAAAUCCCACCUAGUGAGAUGUUCAAAUUAGAAACGGACAAAUAUUCAAAAUUUGAUGAACAGGGUUUGCCAACACAUGAUCAUGAAGGCAAAGAAUUGAGUAAGGGUCUGUUGAAGAAACUGCAGAAAUUACAAUUGGCCCAAGAGAAGAAGUACAAUGAAUAUUUGGCAUCAAUAAACACUUGCUAAUUAACAUAUUCAUGGACAGUGAUAACUGUAGCCGUAAUAAUAAAAGCUCCUAUUGUGUCUCGUUUGGUGUCCGUACAUUUGUUAAGAUGUGGAUACCGUCUUUUCUGAUAUUAUUAAUAAGAGCAUUCAUAGUGAAGUCUAGCAAAUUUGUCGAUUUUGUCUAUUUAUUUAUUGUCAGUAAAAAUAAAUAUAAAUAAUUUACAAUAUUUUGAAUGAUUAUUUCAACAAGUAGUUUUUUUUUUUAAUUCUUAUUAUGCAUUUAUAUGUCAUUUACUUUAAUUGUUGCUUUUUAAAUAAUUGUUCAGAAAUAUUGUAAAUUAAUUUACUAGAGUCGGUAUGAAUACUCUUAAUAUGAUGGAUUUAUGUAAAGAGAAAAAAUUGAAUUAUAUAUAUAGUAAAAAAAAAAAAAAUAUAUAAAUAGUGUGAAGUUACUAAUUUAACAUUUUUUUAUAUUUUUACAUUAUUUCCAUGUAAGAGGUUGUUAUGAAAAGUUAUUAUCUAUUUACAUAUACAUAUUAAAAAGUUGUCUUUAAAUUGGAUAUAUGUAAAAUGUGUGUACAUAUUACAUAUGUUCAGUUUUAUGUAAUAGUAUAUAAACACUUUUGCCUUAUUGAUUGAAACAUUUAUUAGUAACUAUUGGAAUUGCCAGUGAUAUUAGACGUGGCAAAAGAGCGAUUAAAAUAUUUGGAUAUUAAUACUGAUGAUUUUCCAUUCCAUUAAUUUUAUUUUUAAUAAAAAAUACAAAGAUGCAGUGGGAUUAGUUACAUAACGAUGGUUUAUUGAAUAACCAUGCCAGUAUUAAGAUUCAUCAAACACUAAUUUAUUGAUACCAUGUUUUAAAUACAGCAUGUAAUAUCUGUAUGUAUGCAUUUUUUUAAUUAAAUAUCUAAUGUAUAAUAA